AUGAGAAAUUUUGGCCUGUCAAUCUCCCUUACUGAUUCCACAAUUAAGAAAUAUUCUAAACUUUAUGGUGCUUUUCAAUGGUUCCUGGUAAUUCAGAAUAUUCCAAAGACAAACCCAUAUGCACUCGAAUGUUUUGCUGCAUACCUUUCUAUUAAUAAGAAAAGUUAUGAUAUUAAUACAUUGAAACCAGCCAUUCAAUUCUUUGCAGACGUGGAAGGUUGGCAACUCAAUGUAGAUAGUAGUUUUUCAAGAGUUAAGAAAGGUCUUACUAAAGCCUACUAUAUUGUGGAUCGUUCUAAACUCAAACGUAAUGGUUUCUCCUCUUAUGAUAUUAAAUCAUAUAUUGAUUCGAUUUCAUCACAUGAUGAAUAUACCUAUAAUUUAACCACUGCUGUACUGGUUAUUGGUUUCAGACUUCUAGUAAGACCUGGUGAUCUUUGCGAUCUCUCUUGGUCUUCUGUGAAACCAAAUGAUCCAAAGAAAAAUUGGUUUACAUUUGAUCUAUCAGACCACAAAACUGAUUUUUUCAUGAUUGACAAUCCAACCCCAAUCGAACCUUACUGUGGUGAAAAGAAAUACUGUCCUAUGACCUUAUUCAACCUUUUUUACGCUCUCAAUGAUUCUUGGUAA